CAACUCUCUCCUCAGAAUAUUCUCGACAAAGUAGGCAACUUGAAUUGAGUUUGGUCAAAGCAAAUUUAUUUCAAUUGCGCACGAUUUUGGAGUCGUAUUUCUGAAUCAUCAUGUCGAAAUAUCGUGAGGUUUUUGUUCUUGUUGUUCUAAUCGUACUUGGAUAUUCGAAAAGCAUUGACAAUAAUGACGUCGUUUGGUUCCCCAAUCCAAAUGGUGACGGUACCCUGAUUCCUGCCCACUUGACACCUUCCCCUGGGGCACAGGCUGGAAACCCUGCCGAUAUCCAUUUCCUUCUUUACACGAAAAAUAAUAAGGACACGUACGAUGAAAUAUUUGCUGAUAAUGUUGAGUCAAUUGACGCAUCCAAUUUUAUUGACGGGGCUCCUGUUAAACUCUUAAUUCAUGGAUUUGGUAGCAAUUAUACUCAUAGCUUUCCAAAAAAUCUUCAAGUCGACUACGUAUCGGAUGCCAUGACGGAAACUUAUAACGUGAUUCUGAUGAAUUGGUCAAUUUUAUCCGACUCCCCCGAUUACUUUACAGCAGUCGCCAAUGCUCAGAUUGCAAGUGCUGAAGCUGCAAAAUUACUAAAGGUUUUGGUGGACCUUGGAAAGACCUCUUGGGAUAAAGUUCAUUUAAUUGGGUACAGUUUGGGGGGUCAGGUUGUCGGACAGAUUGGAAACCGUAUUCAGAAAAUGGCAGGCAUAGUUAACCGCAUUACAGCUCUGGACCCCGCACUUCCCUUGUUUGAUGUCGCACACCCGGAAAAUAGGACAAGUCCUGAUGAUGCUGUGUUUGUAGAUGUGAUUCAUACGGCUGCAAAUGGAAUUUUGGGGUACUGGGAUCCUUUAGGUCACAUUGAUUGGUAUCCCAACGGUGGACGGUAUCAGCCAGGAUGUGGUGUGGACCCUAGUGGUUCCUGCGCCCAUGAUCGAGCCCCAGCGAUGUUCAUGGAGUCUGUGUUUUCGCAACUUAAAUUCUUCGGUCGACAAUGUGAAGAUUACGAUUUGUACAAAAACGGCGACUGUGAUAGCAAUGCGCUAGAGGAAAUGGGACAUCAUACGCCUUCAUUUGCCCGUGGUAUUUAUUUCUUGGACUCCAAUGCGCAGCGCCCAUAUGCCCAAGGACCAUAAUAUGUAUAGUAAUAAAUAUUUACAUAUAUUCAGCACGGUGCGAUGUGACCAUUAAUGACCUAUUAAAGAUGCAUAUUCAGAUUAAAUCCGAGUAUGAUGUUUGCACUGAAAAAAA